ACCGGGAAAUUUUCGAAAGUGCCGAGUUAUUCGUUAGAAUUAUCGAGAAAAUCGCGAAGUCUCAAGUUUCCAAACAAAUCGCAGAACAAGAACAACCAGUUGAAGCGUGAACUGUUGCACAUGGAUUUUGUAUCAGUCAUCGUGAAAUUCUGUAAUAACCACACCGGUGAGGCGAUUCAUAUGGAUAUACUUAGACCUCCCCCUGGCAAUCACUCAAUUUACAAACUCGAGGAUGAAAUCAGCUCGUGAGCUCGAGGAUAUUCGAAACAUGCCUUCGAGCCAAUGGAUAUUAUCAAUGAAGAACGGAUUACCAGUCUCAGUCUCAUUUUGGAAACCACUAACCAGUUCGGACUCACACGAACCAGAACUGGGAGUAAAUCAAAUGUUUCCCUCUAAACGGACUUGAUUGUUUGCCAUAUCUGAAUGUAUUAAAAAAUCAAAUACAUAUGUCAAGAGUAAUUUAAGACUACCUACUCAUAAAAUGUACCAGCGUUUUUAACUGAAAACUGGAAGAUUGCAUUUUAGACAUUUUUCUGCAAAAGGGAAGCUCCGGGCCUCACUUUUGACCAUCAUUGAUAUGCUUCACAUAAUUUUCAAUCGAUUUGAAACUAAAAGUGACUGCUGAAAAAAAAAUUAGACCUGAUGCAGCUGUAUCAAAUCAGAUUUACUUCGCAGUUUGUCACACCUUACUUACUGAGUGUACAGAAUAAAUCAACUCAUACCUAUACCAUCACUGAAUUAGAUCACAAGCCAAGGAGAUCUUCAUCGAUACGUGAAGAAGAAUGAGAAAAAAAAGGGUAUAUUGUUUAUUAUCAAGACUAUGGCAUCGGUAAUAGAUAUCGAAAAAAAAGGCUAGGACCGAGUAUGCAUUAUAUAUUGAAUCGAGUAGAUCGAAGCAGAACCACCACGCCUAAUGUUGAACUACGAUCUACGAUUGGCCGCGUAGAUCGGAUGGUAGGCGGACUGUCGUACUGAUGAAUGGUCCAAAGUAGCCUCCGACCUUAGAUUUGGAUCUGGUACUAUUAAUUAUGCAGAUUUCGUGUCGAUCGUUGAAUUGUGUAUCGUGGAUUGUGAAGUGGUUUAGUGCGUGCUGGUGAUGUUGAUGUUUGUAAUGAAAAAACCAUCAAUGAAAAGAUGACAGUUACAACUUAUGGAAUGAUGCGCUCCUGUUAUACUACCGGAUACCCCUUUCAAGGUAAGGAUCAGCAUUUAUUGGGAAUUUCCUUUCAAGGACAGGGUCGUGUCAACCAACUAGGCGGUGUAUUUAUCAAUGGGCGCCCGUUACCGAACAAUAUUCGAUUGAAAAUUGUAGAAUUAGCUGCGUCGGGCGUACGACCUUGCGUGAUCUCAAGACAGCUUCGAGUAUCUCACGGAUGCGUUUCGAAAAUUUUAAACCGAUAUCAAGAAACUGGUAGCAUCAGACCAGGUGUUAUCGGUGGCAGUAAACCACGUAUUGCUACUCCUGAUGUUGAAAGGCGCAUUGAAGAAUACAAAGGCGAAAAUCCGAGUAUUUUUAGCUGGGAAAUUAGAGACAGUGGACUCGUAUGUUCCAGAUUGAUUAAAGAAGGCCUAUGUGAUAGAAGUAAUGCACCUUCAGUGAGCGCCAUAUCAAGGCUACUUCGUGGACACGACGGUGCUGACGAUCCACCCGAUAAAAAACUCAGUGAUGGUAUUAAAGUAUCCGAUGCAUCAGAUUGCGAAUCCGAACCUGGCAUACCAUUAAAGAGAAAGCAACGAAGGAGUCGUACAACUUUCACUGCGCAACAAUUAGAUGAAUUGGAAAAAGCUUUCGAACGGACCCAGUAUCCGGAUAUUUACACCAGGGAAGAGUUGGCUCAGAGAACUAAACUAACUGAAGCUAGAAUACAAGUUUGGUUUAGCAAUAGAAGAGCGAGGAUGAGAAAACAAAUUGGAACUAAUCCUAACAGCAGUGGUAGUUAUAGCCCUAUUGGUAUAUCACCGAUGAGCAUGAGUUAUCACAGUUCUGGUGUGGGUGCUACCAGUGGAGUCAGCCAUCAAAAUGGUGGUCCACCUUCACCCACUAAUUAUGUAUUACCUUCGCAGUCUUUACCAGAAACUUCAUAUUCUGCAUCACCUCAAAUUACAUCAGAGCAUUCACAUCCCAAUUUGUAUAGCACACAUCAGCAUCAUCACAUGGAAGUGGCUCCUGCUCUACCUAUGACACCAGUAUCUGAAACUGGCGAGCACAAACCCAAUAUUAAUCCUGGAUCCUCGACUCCUUAUAUCAGUCUCAGUGCAAGUUCCUAUAUCAGCCCACCAUCACUACUUUCAGCUCAGAUGGUGAAUAUGAGUGCAAAUAGUUUGGGAAAUCAUCUCGGUAGUGUAUCACCAAAUACUGUGCUUAAUACAAGUGCAGGUGCAUAUCCAAUCAGUCCAAACAGCAUGUUGGUGCCACAUCAAUUAUCUCCAAUGACUCCUUCAACUCCUACCAGUUUGGCUUUGAUGACAUCGCCCUCAGAUUCUCAAAGCACUGGAUCAACAGAAUUAGUAUCAUUGAAUAAUUCAAGUAAUGGGGCCACAGCAUGGACAACUCUUGGAAGUUCUAUGUCUGCUAACCAUCAUCAAAUGCACAUACCUCGUAGUUGUUCUCCACCCACUACUUUAAUAACUACCACUACACUUAACCCACUCAGUCCUACUGGUUACCAUCCAUAUAGUUCCUCUGGAUUUUUAUCCGCUCCACAACCUAGGUCGCAUCCUCAAAACUUUUAUCCAGCUUGGUGAUCAGCUCUUAUUGCAGUUCGCAUUGGUGAUAAAAGACUAUAAGCUUGAAGCCUGUCAAGAUAUUUCAAGAAAAUACCAGCAUUUCCACUGAUUAUUUCAUUUAAGAAAUGUGUUGUUAAAAUGAUUAGGAGAGGGCUGGAAAACUAGUGACUAAAAACGAAAACUAAAAUUUUCUCAGUUUUUUCUUUCAGUAGGUAUUCAUUCUCCUUUUUUGACAAUUUUUCUUUUGUUUUUGCAAGUUCAUUCUCCAAAUUAAAGUGUGAACUUCCCUUCCUUCAACUCUCAAGGCUCAAAUAAGUACUUAUAAAGUUUCCAAAUUUUAAAUUGUAAAAUUUCGGAAUUGGCGAGGCAAUGCAUUUUUUAUGUAUGUAGAAAAAGAAUAAAAAAUUUCUCUUGAUGUAUUUUUACUUGAUUUUUCAAAACAACAAAGGAUAUGAUAAAACUGAAACUAAAAGUGACCAAAAAAAAGGGAAAAAUGAAAAUAAAAAUAAAAUAAAAAUAAAAAUUUUAAAGUUGAAACUUUAUAUUUUUUUCAUUUUUCCAGCCCUGGACCUGGAACACAUCUUUAUUUAUAUGUACUUACCUAGUAAUUGUACCUUUUUAAUUUUUUUUAAGCUUUUCAACAAUUUUUUGUUCAAUUAUUCCAUUAGUGUGCAAAUUUGCAUUGAAAAUUUCGACUAGAAAUAAAAAAUUCUAUUAAAGUCGCCUAGUUGCAUUAAUACAUUGUAAAUAAGUGUUAUUGUGUUCACAUUGAGUGUUUAAAAUUCAAUUUGCCCGUUUUUAUUUUUCACUACCUAUUCAAGUUGUAAUUUUAACAAUUAUCAAUGAGCAUUUUGUUUGUAAAUACUUAUUACAUAGCUUUUUUUCUUGUUGUUACAGUUAUGAUCUCUGUGUUUUUAAAAAAAGUAAUUAUUAUUUUUUAUUAAUAAAAUUGUACACUUUUGAUUGUUACCUUAUCUAAGCCAAUUAAUAAUUAUGUUCUCAUAAUUCACCGUUUUUUCUCUUUUUUCUAUUUUUCUUUCCUGCAUUACUUAUUGUGUAAGUUGAAAAUUGAAAUUGAUGGAUUGGCCAGAGUUUUAAAAAAAAUGAAAUUGGAUACUGUGAGCCAAUUCAUAAAAAAUGUAGGUAUUUAUUUUUUUUGUUUAAUCAUUUGAACAAUUCCUAAUGCUAAUCAUAAGUAAAGUUUUAUGUCAAAAUUCUCAUCUAAGUUGAAUUAAGAUUGGAAAUCAUAUUUUAAGAUUGUAUAUUUGAUUGUUCAUUGGCCACAGCAUGGUUAGAAAUUAAAUAAAUGAAACAAUGUACUUGA